CCAAAACGGGAGCUACGUGAGGCAUUGUUUUGGCAAAAAGAGUAACUCGAUGAGUCUUACAAAACUCGAACACCAACUCAUCAACCCUCCACUCAGUUACGCGCCAAUAGAAAUAUAAAUAACCUUUUGGAAACCACUUUUUGAAUUCCCAAAAGCUCUCUCUCUCUCUCUCUCUCCCCUCACACACAAACACACACGCCAAUUCUCACAGUUGAAGUUUUCUAGAGAAAAUGUCAGCUUCAAAAUCAAGCGCAAGGAAAAGAGUUUCAGAGCGGCAAAUUCCGAAAUCAGAGAGCAAGAGGCGAGUUGCAGCUGCAGAAGACGAAUUCGAUGCUGAGAUCUCAGAUGAUAUCAAAGGGAUUAUGACGGCUUUAAAGCAGAUAAGGGAGAAAGCACAACAGGACGGACUUAAGAAGAAAGAAGAAACAAUCUCUAGUGUGACUUCAGAAGUCAAGUCAAAGAUUGAUGAGCUCAAAUUAAAACUUGAGAAAGACAGGCAAAGUUUUGCAAAGGCACUAUCCAAGAGCUCCAAAGAGUGUGAGAACUUGCUAAAGAAUGAAACUGCGAAGUUUCAAUCAAUUUAUGAGAAGUUUAACAAGGAGAAAGCUACACAUCUGCAGUCUCUCAAAGAUGCUAUAUCCAAAUAUGAGGAAGAAAAAGAAAGACUAUUCAUGCGAUAUGAGCAACUGAGGAAGAAAGAGAAGAGCAUGAUAUCUGAACUUGAACAAAACUCUACGAAACGAAUUGCUGAACUAGAGGAGUCGCUGAAGAAAAAGAAGCAGGAUGAUAAAGCAUUUAGCUUUCUGAGAAAAACUCUAGGUUCAUUUCUGGAUAAUGCCUCAGAUGAGGACUUCCCACCUGAUGAUUGAAAGUCCGCAUAGAUGUAUCUGCAGCUGAAAUGACAGUGUUCUACCUCCUGAUGUUUGAAAGUCUCACAGAUGGUCUGUGGAUACCACCACUGCAAUUAAUUUGAACAUCUUUAGUUGAUGUUAAAAAGACGAUAAAGCUCUUCUUAUGUCAAGCUUAUACAUUUAAACUGUUCCACUGAUCAGUAGAUUUCUUAGUAGUUUGAUUCGAUAACUA